AUGAGAAUAAGCUGUGUGAAGACUUUGUUUCCAGUCCUGUCUGUUGCUGUGGUGUUUCUCUAUAUGAGCUCUGUCAAGUGGGAAAUCCAAACUCAAGAGAAGCAGCUCCACCAAGUCCAACAGAACUUAUCGUUACACAGCGCACUUCUUCUUACCAAGCUGGACAAACUGGAGGCUCAUUUAAUAGCAGUGGAAGAGAAAAGCCUUAAAGUGAGAAAUGGGAAGAAGCCAGCUAAGAAGCUGUUCCCAAACUCAUACCUCUUCAAGCAAUGGACUGUUGAACUUUCUGAGGAUGACCAGAGGAAGGCUGAGGAGCUCUUUCAGAAAUACGGCUAUAAUGCCUUCCUCAGUGACCAGUUGCCUCUGGACCGGGAGCUGCCAGACACUCGAGACCACAGAUGCAUUGGCCGUGAAUACCCCCACAAUCUGCCCACCCUCAGCGUGGUGCUGAUUUAUCUGGAUGAGGCCCUGUCUGUCAUUCAAAGAGCCAUUUGCAGCAUCAUCAACAGAACUCCAGCCCACCUGCUCAAAGAGAUCAUACUGGUGGACGACCACAGCACAAAUGAAGACCUGAAAACACAGCUACAUGUUUAUAUCAGCUCCAUCAAUGAGAAGCACCCAGGCCUGGUGAAGAUGGUGACCCAUUCAGAGCAGAAAGGACUUUCCCAGGCCAGAAUCUCAGGGUGGAAGGCUGCCACUGGGGAUGUGGUUGCCAUUUUGGACGCCCACAUUGAGGUCCAUGUCAAAUGGGCGGAGCCUCUGCUUGCACGUAUCCAGUCUGACCGUACGCUGGUCCUGAGCCCUGUGUUUGAUAAAGUCAAUUACUACGACUUGCAAGUGACAAAAUAUUUCGCCUCUGCUCAUGGUUUUGACUGGGCUCUCUGGUGCAUGUACGUGGGAUUCCCACAGAAGUGGUACGAUCAAAAAGACCCUUCACAGCCAGGAAAGAGUCCCUCUGUUAUGGGAAUACUCGUGAUUGAUCGUCUGUUCUUUGGUGAGAUUGGGACUCUGGACGGAGGGAUGGAGGUGUACGGAGGAGAAAAUGUUGAAUUAGGAAUACGGGUGUGGCUGUGUGGAGGAAGUAUAGAGAUUGUACCCUGCUCAAAAAUUGCUCACAUCGAGAGGGCACACAAACCCUACAUGCCUGAUCUUAGCAAUGUCAUGAAGAGAAAUGCCCUGAGAGUGGCAGAAGUUUGGAUGGAUGAAUACAAGAUAAAUGUGAACAUCGCCUGGGGUCUUCCUAUACAGAACCAUGGGAUAGAUAUUGGCGAUGUAUCAGAGAGAAAGAAACUGAGAGAAAGGCUAAAUUGCAAGCCAUUUAAAUGGUAUCUGGAAAAUGUCUAUCCUCAAUUAAAUCCCAUGAAUUUAUUAGCUUAUGGAGUGCUGAUUAAUGAUCUGCAAACAAGUUUAUGUUUGGAUAAGGGGCCACUUGAGGAGAACACUCCCAUUUUAUAUCCAUGUCAUUUCAUGGGAUCUCAGAUAUUUUAUCAUACGACACGAGGUGAGAUAUUUGCACAUCCCCUUCAGUCCCUUAAAAACAAUAGGAACCGCUGUCUAAUUGAUCCCGGCUCAAGCAAGUUUCCAGAGCUGUCCUGGUGCUCAGACACUGAAAAACCAAAACACAUGUACUGGGAUUUCAAACAGGGACAGGCCAUACAGAACAGAGAAACCAAACGCUGUCUGGAGAUCAGCGCUGAUCAGACAGGAAAGUAUGAAAAGAACAUUUUUCUUCAGGACUGCAGAAACCAACACUGGAACAUACAGAAUGUAGUUCAGGACUUAUGAAAUGCAAUAUGUAAUCAUUUUAUAUGAAAAUGGCAUCCUAGAGAAACAUCACAGAAAGAGUUAGUGGUAAAAAUGUGAAUGAAGCUAUGUAUGAACUGAAAAAUAUUAGGUGCCAAAAAAUAACAC